AUGUCCUCCAUCAACAACUCGGACGAAUAUCUUGAUUCUAAGUGUAGUUGGCUAGGUUCUCGGUAUCAUCCAAAGAUGAUGAACUGGAACAAGAACACAGACUGUCGCAAGUGGGAUGGUGUCACUUGUAACCACUACACAGGUGACAUUAUCGGUAUUGACUUGAGUUGUGGCAUGAUACGAGGUACCAUCCACCCAAACACCACCCUCUUUCACCUCCCUCGUCUCCAAACACUCAACCUUGCUUCCAAUGAUUUCACUGCUUCCCAAAUUCCACAUGAAUUUGGCAGGUCUUCUAAUAGUCUCACACAUCUCAACCUCUCUGAGUGUUGGUUCUCCGGUGAAGUCUCUGAAGAAAUAUUAUUUCUUCCUAAAUUGAUCUCUCUUGAUCUCUCUUGGAAUGAUGGAUUGCAGAUUCAAACUAAUGUUUUCAAGAAUCUACUUCAGAAUUUUACUCAUUUGAGAGAGCUCUCAAUGGUCGGUGUUGAUAUAGGUUGGGUAUUACCCACUUAUCUUAAUAUCUCGUCUUCUCUACAAUCACUUGAUCUUAGCAGCACUGGUUUGCAAGGGAAGUUACCUGAUAACAUAUUCAAUCUUCAAUAUCUAGAAAAACUUCACUUGUCAGGGAACAUUGAAAUCACUGGUCCUUUGCCCAAAGUUAACACGAGGUAUAACAUCCCUCUCAAGUCGCUAGAACUCUCCAUCGCCAACUUAUCAGGGGAGAUACCCGACUCAAUUGGCCAUCUCAAGUCCUUGAACUACUUGGAUCUCUCUUCUUGUAGUUUGGUGGGGUCCCUUCCCAAAUCCCUAGUUAACCUUAUGCACCUUACAACUCUUGAUUUAUCAUUUAACAAGCUCAAUGGAACGUUGCCUUCUUUGUUGUUUACGCUUCCCUUGCUUGAAAAUGUUAUUCUUUAUGAUAACAUGUUUAGUGGAGGAGGCUCCAAUCCACUAUCAUUUAUCCAACUCGCCAACCUCACUUACCUUGAUCUCUCAAAUAACAAUUUCACAGGUUUUUGGGAUCUGAAUACAUUGUUAUCAGGCCUACCAAGCCUUCAACAUCUCUCUCUCUCUUACAGUGGCUUAAUUGUUACGAACAACAAUAGUUUCAGCCAUGUCAACCCUGUGUUAAGAUACUUAUAUUUGGCAUCUUGCAAUCUUACUGUGUUUCCAGAGUCUUUACGAGCCAUGAAAAAUCUCCAAAGAUUAGAUCUAUCUUAUAACAACAUAAAGGGACGCAUUCCUGAUUGGGCACAGGAGAUCGGAGGAAAUCAGUUGUUAUUUUUGGAUCUGUCAAAUAACUUCAUAACAGGCUUGCCACACUUUCAAUGGGAUGGAUUAAACUUUCUUUUUCUGGAGUCCAACCAGAUUCAAGGGCCAUUUCCUCCAUCGAUUUGCAACAUGAGAAAUCUAGAGGUGUUGGAUAUAUCCAAUAAUAGCUUUAGUGGAGUGAUUCCACAAUGUUUGGGAAAUAUCAGCUUCCCUCUUAAGAAUUUGAAUGUCAAGUCAAACCAGAUUCAAGGACCAUUCCCUUUGUCAAUUUGCAACAUGAGCCUUCUAAGUUCAUUGGAUUUGUCCAAUAAUAGUUUCGAUGGAGUACUUCCAGAAUGCUUGGGGGAAAUAUCAGCUCCACUCUAG